UUGUCUAUGGUAAACUUGACAUUUCUUUAUUUUGAAAAAUAAAAAUAUAACCUAAACUUUAAAAAUAUAGAUAAUUUUUAGUUUACCCUAAAUCAAGUGUGAUCAACACAAAAUGCUUCAUGAAAUAUCUCGAAAAAUUAUAAAUUUAAACAAAUAUGAGGAAACUAAUAUAUGCUGGAACAACUCUGUGUUAACAGUGCGCGGCAAUAAAGAAUUGCACUUGUUAGAGUUUUCAUACAAUUUAAAUUCUCUAGAAAAGGGAAUCGACUUCAAAGAGUGUACUGUGAGCUGCAGGAAGACCAGUCCCCUGUCAGAGCAUUAUUUAACUGAAUACGUAUCACGUGGUGUAAGAAAUUUGGAACUUGUUGAGAUGGUUACAAAUUCCGCCUUUUGGCCUCAUAAUAAACUUUUAAUGCAAGAACUGACGAAGAUCACGGCAUACCAAUGGUCUCCAUUUAAUCUACUAUGUGAAAACGACGGACUACUAGCUGCUGUGAACAGUGUUGGAAAUGUUGAAUUUUUUGGAGCACAGAGACAUGCUUGGUAUUCCAUUAUGGACUUUUCCUCACUAAUGAAAACCCAAUUAGAUGGAAAUACCAAUAAACUAUAUAAAAACCCUAAAAACUUUACAGAAAUCAAAGAUACUGUGUAUUUUUUUGAAACUGCAUCAAUUUGCUGGGCUUCUAAUUUAAACGAAGAUAACUCAUGUUAUUUUGUCACAGCCCAGAAAUCUGGUGAUAUAUUGUUUUGGUCAAUAAAAUAUCAUCUCGGUUAUUUCGAAGCAGGAUUCUGUGGUAGUAUUCAACACACAAAUAAUAUGGAAAUAGUGCAUAUGCUUUGGAUAACUAUGGAAGAAAAUAAUUUUUUGCUAGUCUGCUCCAAUGAAUCUGGUGAAAUUAUUUGCUACAAAUGCCAAAUAACAGAAAACCAGGUCACUCUACUAAAAGUACACAAUCUGUGGUCCUAUAAAGAUAAGAUGGUUACAACAUACCUGCAUCACCACUUUGAGGAUGAUAAAUUGUUAUUAUUUUUUAAUAAACACAGACAUUUAGUCAUUCAAUUGUAUGACAAAAAUUUGAAGUUAUUAUUCCAACAUGUCCAAAAUGUAAAUGAUUACAAAAUAACUUCUCUAACAAAAUAUAAGGACACAUUUUAUUUGACCACAGUGAAUAAAAAAGUAUAUAAAAUUGAUUAUUCAAUAAUUGAUGAAACUAUACAGGUAUCUUUGGAAGUGAUUGGGUUCAAAGAUCCCGGUCCAUCCUACGAACUCUAUGGUAUAGCAAUUUCAACAAAUAGUGCUCUUUUUGCACUCGCAAUGAUAAACAGAAAACUUUUGCUCAAGAAACAGACUGUCAGUAUUGAAAUAGUUCUGUUAAGCCCUGAUACUGGAUUAGAUACAGAAAUAAUAAAUAUUUUAAACAAUCCAUCAAAAAAGCUAACCUACAUGUGGGAUGUCAUAGAAGUGUUUAGAUGUAAGACUAUAAAAACUAAAAAGCUACCAGAAUUAGAUUACGGUUGUUUACUAAACGAUGACAGUGAUACAUAUAAUAUUAAAGUGUAUUUGAUCAUCCUGAACUUGUAUCACAGUUUAAAUAAAUCCAUUACCCGUGGCUUGAAAGGAUGGCUCCCAGAAACUUCUGUUGAAGUUAUAAAGGAGAAAAUACUUAUGCUUCAAGCUUUCACACAAAUCCAUAAUAUUUAUUAUGCCAAUUUUAAAACAAAUCCUUGUUUAAGCACUUUUGAUCAUGAAUGUUUUGGAUGUAGCAAAACUUAUUUAGAUUAUUAUUGUAAAAAGUAUGGUAAAAAUUUGACUGGUUUAGUUGAAGCAGAUGUUCUUAAAACUUCCAAUGUGCGGUUUAAAUACCUUUGCCAGUGGUGUGAUGAAAGUCUUAUAGACUUCUCGUGUAAAAAUAAACAUGUGAACAUGAUUUGCUCUCUAACAUUCACUCCCAUUGAAAAUGAUUAUCUUGUAUGUAAAAGUUGCAAUGCUACUGCAACUAAACAGCUGUAUAGUCAAAAUCCAACUUGUAUAUUUUGUGAUUUAUAUUUAAUCAACAGCAGUUUAAUAACUUAGAAUACAUAUAGGUUCUAAAAAAAUAAUGUUGUAUUCUUUAUUAAAU